GGUUCCGGCUGCGCGCGCAGCGGUGGUGGCGGCGGCGCGAUCGGCCGGGCUGUAACCGUCGUCCGUCCGGUAGCGGCUGUAGCGGCAGCGGCGGCCGGGCAAGGCGCGAGGUGACGCCACAGGGCAGCGGCGGGAGCGGGGCCAGCGGCGGCAGCAGGAGACGCAGCGGCGGCCGCAGCAGCAGCAGCAAGACGGACUCGUGGACACGCGCCGCCGCCGCCGCCGCCGGGCCGGGCCGGGUGUCGCGCGCCGAGGCUGGGGGGGAGUCGUCGCCGCCGCCGCCACCGCUACCGCCGCCGCCGCCGCCGCCGAGGUGACUGAGGAGAGAGGCGCCUCCUCGCUCCCGCCGCCGCCGGACUUCAAUGCCCAGUCCCCAGCUCGCCAGCGUUUUUCGUUGGAAUAUACGUUGCACAUUUAUGGCGAUUCUGAGCGUGAGGGCAGACUUCUGCCAGGCUCAGCACAGCGUUUUCGCUGACAAGUGAGCUUGGGGCUUCUAUGUGCCAUAAUUAACAUUGCCUUGAAGACUCUGGACACCGAGACUGGCCUCAGAAACAGUUGGCUUUUUUUUUUUUUUUUUUUUUUUUUUUAUUGCAAGCAUAUUUCUUUUAAUGACUCCAGUAAAAUUAAGCAUCAAGUAAGCAAAAGUGGAAAGCAACCUACACUUUUAACUUGUCUCACUAGUGCCUAAAUGUAGUAAAGGCUACUUCAGUUUUGUAUGUAGUUGGAAUUUUUGGAGUCCGAAGGUAUCCAUCUGCAGACAUUGAGGCCCAAGUUGAAUUUGGAUUCAAGUGGAUUCUAAAUACUUCUGCUUACCUUGAAGAGAGAAGCUUCUUAAAGAAUAAACAAGUUGAAUAGAGAAAACACUGAUUGAUACUAGGCAUUUUAGUGGUCUUUUUAAUGUUUUCUGCUGUGAAACAUUUCAAGAUUUAUUGAUUUUUUUUUUUCAUUUUCCCCAUCACACCUACACACGCACGCUCACACUUUUUGUUUGCCAUAAUGAACCGUCCAGCCCCUGUGGAGAUCUCCUAUGAGAACAUGCGUUUUCUGAUAACUCACAACCCUACCAAUGCUACCCUCAACAAGUUCACAGAGGAACUUAAGAAGUAUGGAGUGACAACUUUGGUUCGAGUUUGUGAUGCUACAUAUGAUAAAGCUCCAGUUGAAAAAGAAGGAAUCCACGUUCUAGAUUGGCCAUUUGAUGAUGGAGCACCACCCCCUAAUCAGAUAGUAGACGAUUGGCUGAACCUGUUAAAAACCAAAUUUCGUGAAGAGCCAGGUUGCUGUGUUGCAGUGCAUUGUGUUGCAGGAUUGGGAAGGGCACCCGUGCUGGUUGCACUUGCUUUGAUUGAAUGUGGAAUGAAGUAUGAAGAUGCAGUUCAGUUUAUAAGACAAAAAAGAAGGGGAGCAUUCAAUUCCAAACAGCUGCUUUACCUGGAGAAAUACCGACCUAAGAUGCGAUUGCGUGUCAGAGACACCAAUGGGCACUGCUGUGUUCAGUAGAAAGAAGUGUAAACGAAGGCUGACUUGAUUGUGCAUUUAGAGGGAACUCUUGGUACCUGGAAAUGUGAAUCUGGAAUCUUAACUGUGUCACCAAAGUAGCGAUGGAUUCAGUACUCCUCAACCACUCUCCUAAUGAUUGGAAAAAAGCAAAAAAGAAAUCCCUCUAUAACAUGAAUAAAAUGUUUAAGAAAAGAAAAAGAGAAAGAAAAAAGGGAUUAAUUCAGUGAAGGAUGAGUUUGCUCCUAAUUGUUGGAGUUUGAAUUUCUGUCAGAAUUGAAUUAUAUCAAAAUCCCCUGUCUUUUUUAACUUUUCAAACUAGGUCUCUAAGGAAAACCAGCAGAACAUUAGCUUGUGCAGAACCAUCUGUUUGGGGAGCACACUUUUCCAUUAUGCUUGGCACAUAGGUCUCCCUGUUGUGGGACUUCUUUCUUUUUCUUUUUGGUGGUGGUGGGCGUAUAUUUUUCUCUUCUCUUCUUUCCCCAUCCCCCCAACCCCCACCCCCGAUACAAGUUGUAGAUGGAAUAGGAGAAGCCCUUGUUGCUGUAGACGUGUGUGCAGUCUGGCAGCCUUAAGCCCACCUGGGCACUUUUAGAAAAAACAAACAAACAAAAAACCAACAAAAAAAAAAGAAACAAAAAACACCAAAAAAAAAAAAAAAAAAAGCAGUGGCAUAUAUAUUAUAUGAUCCAGGUGGUUUUUAGUCUUUACUGAUGAUGGGGUGUUCAUGUUAGUUUCUUUUCUUGAAAACCCUAUUCAACAUUAGGCAACGUAGCCAGGAGCCUUUUGUUUUGGUUUUGUUUUGGUAAAUUAGUGGGGAAAUGGCAUUUUAAAAAGAGUCUUUCUUCUCAGAGAACUUAGCUGAGAGUCGAAUUCUUCUCUUUUCCAACCAAUGAAGCUAAGUAGGUAUCCCAGAAACUUUUGCUUUCUGAAGGGGAGCGCUCCAGGCCAUCACUAAAGGUGUGUCCAGGCGGAGAGUUAGCAUACUUUGUACAUCACCGAAAAUUGUGGGUCGUAGCAUUACUCUGAUUUUCUGUCUCAUGUUAUCAGAGAAUGCCGAUAGUUUGAAGUUUUUAUUCAGGAUUUACUCGUACUAUGAAUUUUUGAGAAUGGUGGAAGGAGUUAACAGCAAAGAUGGGGUAUUUUGGACUCGAGAAAUGCCUGUGAUGCAUAUUUUCCAAACUGCCCCCUCUAUGUACAGUUAAGUUUAACCACUGAUUGCCUUGUUAUUUUCUUACUAGGUUCUUUAUGAGAUUAAAAAAAAAUCGCUGGUUCAAAACCAACAAUGCCUAGUGAGUAUGUGUCCACAGGCCAUCCAGGGUGGCAGAGAGACCUAAAGCAACCCAGUGAAUAGCAAAGGGACUGUGUUGUUGAUGAAAUGGUGUAGUAUCAGUUUUACAGAUUCUUUGCUGGGUUCAUUGUGCUGAUCUAGAGAAGCUGUUUUUCUGCUCUUCUGCAGAAAGCAGUCGUGACCGGGCUGCACUCACAAAGCAAGUUGAAGGACACCAUCCAGGGCUCUUGCACCCUUCAUCUAAACAUUACUUAAUAGUGCUCUGCUGCUAAGGAUUUGAAUAAAGACUUAGGGUCAUCUUGUCUUGCUGGAAUUUGCUAUGCAGAGCCAUAAACUUCCCAUUUUUUUUAGGAUCAGCUAGGCCAGUAGGAAUGGACCGGGACCUUGUCUCACACUGAUGAUACCUCAGACGUUGGCUGGCUAUGUGAACUGCCUAUUUCCUGUGCCGGAGUUGUUCUGAUUUUUAACUAAAUGAAAGUAUGUAGGUUCUCUCCUCCCCCAUCCCUGAAAACAAAACAAAAUAAUGCUUUCUGAAAUUGUUUCUAGAAUUUUAAAGUGAAAAAUGAUGGUACUCUCCAAAAUUCUUUAUUUCAGAACAUUACAAUAGAUUCCAUUAACGUAGGUUCAAGAUCAGAACAGCAUACCAUCUAAACUCAGACUGUCUGUUGACUCCAAGGGUUUUGAUCAAUACAAUAACAAACUUUUUCCCUUUGACAUGCUCUGAUUUUUGUUGUUUGUGGGGAGUGUGUGUGUGUGUGUGUGUGUGUGUGUGUGUGCGUGCGCGCACAUGUGUCGGGUGUAUAUGUGUGUGCAGUGUCCAGCAGUAUCAGUGCCUGCCUGAGUUAGGAAAAUUACAUUCCUGGUUCUGUAUGAGGAGAAGGGUGUAUAAAGCGACAAGAAACAUUAUCCCUCAUUUUGUUUUAAAUUACAUACUAAUGUUAAUUGUUCUCAGAACUGGAUUUUCUUCCUCAAAAUUAAAAGUUUUUUUUUUUUCUUUUGGAUUUAAUGAAGUAUUGCUAGCUGAAGCCAGUUUGACAUGGUGAGAGAGAUGUCAGACUGAUGAAAGGUGUGCAGCCUGAUUUAAAACCAAACCCUGAACCCUUUUAAAGAACAAUAAAACAUAUUUUACAUGC